CUAUCGGUUUGAGCACAAAUGUCUGAGCCAAUCAGAGACUGUGCUUUUAGCAGGGAAGAUUCGUUUUGAGAAGUCUUACCUUUGUAAUACAUCUAGACCGCAAAUGUUAUGCACUCGGAAGGAAGGUCGGCGCUUUUGAAGUAAAUAAAAACAAAUCUGCAAUGGCUUCGAAAGCUAUUAAGCCUAAGGGUCUAACGCCAGACGCUGCAAACGGGACCUAGAUAUCCGUAAAGGAACAAGGAUAAGGAACAUGGAGUCCGGGGUUUCACUCAGCAACUUUACCCCUACUUCACUAGACAUGUUCCCCCCUAUGCAGCCAAUACCGACGAGUAUAGAUCUGGCCUGCACCACGACUCGUAACGAAGACAUUAUUAUGCAGAAGGUGCAGGCUCUUCGUAUCUUGUGGGAGCACCUAGUUCAGCUUAAAACGAGGAAUAUUCAGUUGAAAAACAGAGUACAAAACCAACGCGAUCCAACAACGAAAGACAUCUUGUCCGAGUUUGAUGUUGAUAAUGGCUGGUCCGCACCUUCCAGCAACCAACAAUAUGGCGGCGAUGCAGAUGGAGUAUUUGAUAAUGGCCAAACUAAUAGCUGCUCGAACGAUAAAAAGAACUGCGUCGGCUUUGGCCAAAUUGAAAAAAUUGCGCAAACACUUGAAGGAGAAACAAAGAAAACGUGCAAAGGGAGUGUUCUCUCUCAGGGCAAAGAAGUUAGUAAUGGAAAAUCUGUGUUUAACUCAUAUGAUACCAAGAUGGAUGAAAUUCGCGUUCUAAAUGGCGUGAAAAAGUCUAAUAAAGAGAAAGAUGCAACACAGAAUGGUUCUUGUGCGAGGGAAACACAGCAAAAAUACGAUUUGUGCAACAAUGCAGAGGAACCAUUUAUUGAUUUGCUGAACAUGGAGACAUCAUUUAUUAUCCAGGAUGUAAUUACGACUUUCGGUCUGCUUUCCGAGGAUUUUGUGCCAUCGCAAAUCCCGGAAAGAGGUGCGCGCGGGAGCUCGAGUUUGUCUUCUGGGUAUAUGUCGGAUGAGGCCGAGUCUUAUCCAAUGUCGGCGGAUGAACAAGAUAAAUGCUCUGAUCUGUUAGAGAUUAGCGAGUGCGUUGAGCCACUGCCAGAACUCCAAGCUUUCCCUGAGGACGUGUUCAUUGACGACGACCCUUUUAACGUCCCGAGCUGGAGCAGUACCCCUCCUGAAUCAUGGGAUGAGAAAGACGUGCACCUAUUUCUCCAAUGGGCGUGGCGGGUAUGGGAUUUCCCUUCCUCUGCUCCACUGCAAAUGUUUCACAUGACAGGAGCCGAGUUAUUGGCACUGUCCCCAGAUGAGCUUCAAAGUCGGACAGAGUGCGGUUACAUGUUGCAUUCUGUUAUUGAGUUGUUCCGUAGGGACGGAGAAGUUGUCUUCCAAGAAGAUGUGACUUUCCUUGAUCAAAUGGCCUUAUUAACGUGUCUUGCCGUGCAAGAUCCGAUGCUGGCACAAGCCUUGAUGUCCAUCAACAGCGCCGAUGACCAAUCAGACGAUGGACCUCUGACUUUGGACACUCGUUGUUCAUCUGACAGCGAGUAUGACGACUCGAGACAAGGGGAGGAAUCGACAAGUAGUCAUGACGAACAGACGAGUGAGAAGCCUUCGCCAGUUUCGCCCUCUUCAGAAUCUCCCCUCCCAGCGAGCAAUGGUGGACUGGCUCUUCCAUUUCCAACCUCCUUCUACGGGUCUCGUAUCUGGCCCCCGAAGAAGCAGCACCUCAUGGCCUCCUAUCCAAGCACUUCCCGCGCAUCUGCCUCCCGCUCGCAUCUAUUUCCUUUACGCACAGGACUCCCACCGGUCCCACCGCUGGUAUCGUCGCCCCUGCCCUCUCCCACGAGCCCCGGGGAACUACCGUACCUACCCACACUCAGUCCGACAUCCAGACGUAGCUCGUCCAGCGAGGUGUCUGUAGUCGUUACUACGUCCAGUCACAUGGAGCCCAAACCAGAAAUCCGACUGAGCCAACAAAUGCCCGACUUGAAGCUCUCGCUAGACCUCGACAGGGAUAUAGAUCACGGACAACCUGCGCAUCACGUCACGUCAAAACAUGUCUCGGAGAACCCUUCACGUAACGCUACUGAGAUCACGUCACGUUACGCAGAGGGCGUGAUACGCCCCGCUUCCGAAAGACUUAUACGACACACCAGCGAAAGCUCGUUAAAUGGCGGGUAUGAAACCAGGACACGGCACGUACACGAGGAUGUGUCACGUCAUGUAGACGCUGCUAUGUCACGUCACGCACAUGAAGAAAUGUCACGUCACGGUAAUGAGAACACGGUGAGCCACUCAACAGACGACUCGGCUUGUACAAACGGUCUCUACUCGAGGAAAAGGGAGCACUCUCCAGUCAGGGGCAACUACAGAGAAUACAACGACGCCGUGUUACCGCCCAAGAAAAGGUCGUACACUGAUGCUUACAAGAAGGCCCUUCUCGACCUUGACGUGACACGCCUGAAAGAGGAAGCCGCCGGCAUGAUAGACCGGCCAGCUAGCAGCUCAACCGGGCCCUCCUCAAACACCAACGCUCUCGCGACAUCUCCAAAAUCACCUCACCAAAAUGGGUCCUCUAAAAAUCCCUUCGGGAGCCUGUCCCCACGAAUGAAUGGCUUCUCCUUCCUUCCGACUCAUGAUAUGUCGGCUCGGGUACCAGUCUCGGUGAUAUCACCGCGUCUGCCAGGCACAAGUGCCUCCUUUGAAGGGUACAACCCGCCUUCGGUGAGAGACACUCAUCUACCGCAAAUGGGGCCCAUGGCGGGUAGGACGAGGAGGGAUGUUACUCCCCCCGCGCGGCUUGUGGAUUACCAUCUCUCAGGCAACGGUCUGCUUAACAACAACUCCCUAGAGAGGGGAGCACACGUGAAGUUUGUCGAGCAUGAAGCUUACAGGAACGGGUAUCUUACGCCGAGGCGAGGAGUUGAUCGGCCCGUCCCGAAUGGCCUGCAUCCCGAUAGACACACCUUGUCGCCAAAUUCAUCUGGAAGCGUGGAGGAAAACCGCCUGUCCCCAACCUCUCCGUCAAAGGAAGGCAGAAACGCUCAACCGGCGACCCGACGACGACGCCAUAGCUCCAGCUCCACUGACUCGGGAAACGAGGAAUCACGGGAAGCUGGUUCAUCGAAGUCCGCUAACGCAGCGAAAAAGCCACCUGGUAGAAGAAAACAAACGCGCUCGCUGCAUCUGUGGGAAUUUUUGAAAGAACUACUGGAGAACGAGGAGACCUGUCCACGCUACAUCACGUGGAUAUCACGUGAAGAAGGCGUCUUCCGAUUGGUCAAUUCCGGUGCGGUCGCCAAGCUUUGGGGUCAGCGGAAGAACAGAAGGAACAUGAAUUACGAGAAGAUGUCCCGGGCCCUGCGGUACUACUACGAGAGGCACAUUCUUGAGAGGGUGCCCGGACAGAGGCUCAUUUACAAGUUUGCCGCUGACACGAUGCGGGACUGUAACUUCAGCUUCAUGAAGAAGUAAGAAGAAAGUGUACAAAGGAAAUAUUUUUGUAUAACAGCGGUUUGAUAUUGGAAAGCGGGAAACUGAAGCAGUGUCUAGAAGCUGUCCUCAUUUAUUACCAGAAUUUAUUUUUGUUAUCGCAUGAUGUCUUGGAUUUAAUAUCUGUGCUGGAUUAUGGAUACUUCAGUUUUAUGAAGUCAUUGUUUUGAAAGCUAUCAAAUUAUAGAGGAACCUAUACAUCGUGGAUGUCUUCCUUGUAUAACAAUCAUAGCGUUAUGCAACAAGCGUGACUAUGAUAGCGUCACGCAAUAACCGUGACAAUCACGACUCGCGUGACAUCAAGUCAGCGAAGUCAUCGAGGAUGAUCGUCAUGGUCAUGGAUUAUGUCAUAUGCUUGGCUAACUUUAAUUACGGUGUAUUUGAGGUGUGCGAUUUGGUGUGCGACGGAUCUGUUGCUGGCUUGACCCGUAUGUGACGUUACAGUUUCGUGACGACUUAUGUUACGUGGCAACAAGCUAGUCCUAUAGCCAAACAGUAAUGGCGUUAGAUUUUUGGUAACACAACGGCGUUACGUUGUGUAACGGAAAUAGUAAGGCUACUGUUUAUGUUGUUAUAGCUAUAACGUACAAUCGAAAUCGUUUGGUAGGGCUCAUUUGGUUAAUUCUAUAUAUUUUCAAGUGUACCUUUCAUCAUCGCAAUCAUCAACUUAUUUCUUAUACACACUAAGUGUUUACUCGCUGUAAAUAUUAUAUAAGACAUUUCUUGAAUAUCGGUUUGUGAUAGCAAGGCUUGAUAACGGUCUUUUAACGUUUUCAUUAUAUAGAAAUUUAAAAUUUCAAGCAUUAAAAUUAAUCUUUGCGCGUUACGUGAAACGCUGACCUCGAUUAGCAUGAGAUCGCGGGCCCUCUUUUGUUUGUCUGUUUAUUAUUUUAUUUUUAUUAUUUUUAUUUUUUUGCGGCGAAACAAACUGGACGAGGGGGAGGGUGUAAGGAGGGGGUGGCUAUUUCUCCCUCCCCCCUUCUCUUCCCCAGCUCUCGCUCGUCCAAGUAGUUCGAGAUUGAGUAAACGUCUGCAAGCUGGUUAGCUAUGAGCUGGCGUAGCUGGGAAACGGUAUCCUCUGUGGAUGCUUUUGGCGGCUUUUUUGGGUGUUCUCCUUAAAGGAAUGGCAUGCUUUGUUGCUUUUUAUCUGCUUUCUGUGGAAACUGUCUAUCGUACGUUUGGGGCCAAGUCAUGUUAACGGCAGAUGGUUUGCAAUUUAAUAUUAUCAAAACAUUAUUUUUCUAUCAAAAAAUAACUUUAAUAAAUAUUUCAUUAACGCA